AUAGCAGGAUCUCCUACAACCCAGCACUCAUUUGAUUCAGCAGCAGCUACUCACUCACCACCGCAGCCGCUGCUUGCUCCUCUUGCAUCCCCCGAGAUCAUUCACCUGUACGUCUGUCCCUCUCUCUCUUUCUCAAUCGGUCAUCUCCUUGUUGUGGAGACUUUAGUUCCCUUAGCUCGAGGCAAAUCCUUGCCCGCCUUUCAGCGCGAGCUUCAGAUCGAGGGCUCUUGCUGACAGCUAUCAGGGAGGAUUCCUGAGACCAACUCUUGGGAGGUGACAGUCGAUUGAUUGUUCGUACGAAAUACGAAAUUCAUCUGAAGCAGUCAGAUCGUGAGAAUGGGCUGCAUAAAGAGCAAGCAGGAAAAGGAGCCGUUGAGCACCACCGGCGAAGCAGCUCCCGCUGCAGAUGCACCUGCUGCAGCUCCUGCAGCUGAGGAGAAGGUGGAGGCCGCUCCUGCAGAAGCCGCCCCUCCUGCAGCAGCCGCUGCGACAUGAGGUGGAGCAGAUUGAGAAGGAGAAGGAGAAGGAAGGCAGGAGGUGAACAGUAUUACAAAAAAGGAAAAAACUCGGCACCUCCGUCUCCUCUUUACUACUUCUGAUACUCACGCUAAGGACAUGGAAGGAUGAAAGGAGCAGACUUUCUCCAACAGCUGUCUCAUCACAUCGAAUUAGUUGCGAUCGAUCAUGGCGUGGGAUUUUUCUCGAGCCUUUGCUCAAACUGGAUACUCUCACGCUCUUUUUUAUUCCUUCACGUUCAUUCUUUUGCUACUUUUGUAAUACAUGUUGGGAGAAUCCUCAUUUAGGUAGCUUUUUUAUAGCUAGCCAGCUUUGAUCGAUCAUGGCAUGUGAUUUAUUUCUGCAAGCAAGGAUUUUUUAGGAGUACUGCAUGGAACUACAAGGAGAGCAGACAAAUUGGCCGGACGAAUCUGCAGAUGCUGAUGUGAGCCAGACGAGCACAACCCUUCAAACGCGUGCUCACACCAUACUCCUUCAAGCAAGACCGAAUCGAGAGAUAAUCUACGGAGAAGAGCCAGUUCUAGUCGACAUGCAGAUAUACAUAACUGAUUCAUUGAUCUUUGUAAUAUUGUGCAUCCAUUGUACUUUGACUAUUGUUUUCAAUUCACAUACAGCUACUGCUGUCCAUAUUGGUUGUUGAAUAAAUCGAUCAUUCAGAUCUCUUAGUUCUAC